UGCCCCCCCCCCCCACACUUUUUAGUUGCAAAAGACAAAUCUACUCCUCACAGAGACACGAAUCAGGCCAUAAUGUUCUUUUUACUGGUGAAUGGUAAACGUACUGCGAUGCCAAUUGAUACUCCACUAGUGUACGAGUACAGAGAUGCAGAUUCCGAUGACGAAGACACUAUUAGAGGAGGUUAUGGAGACGAUCUUGCCGUACAAGUAAUUGAAAUUUUAAAACGAUCAUUGCAGCUAACUAGCUCGGAUUUUAGGUUGUUGCGAGGUGUUCAUGCUGAUGGACAGUACCAAGCGAGUACAUUUCAAACGAAACUAUACGAGCUUUUGGGGAUGCAUCGAAAACCAGAUCCAUACUUUCUUCUUCCUUGGGAUGCGUCCCACUUGCUAGACCUAGCGAUCGAUGAGCUACAUGAAAACUCCUUGUCUUCCAAUUUUAUCAAGCGUAUCAUCAAACGCUCUAUUCGCUUGCACACAUUAUUUGAGUACAAGACGUAUUCCGAAAUCAAGGAUUAA